CUGCGCAGCGCGUUUAUUUUCGUUCGUGAUAGGGCAGCGGACAUCUUGUUUGGCUCAUUGACGCGAGCGAAAACGCGAUUGAGAUGCCUUUGAACGCGAGUGGUUGGUCAACUGAAGAAGACGAAAAAUUAGCUGAAUUAGUUCAACCUCACCCAAACUUGUACAACGUUCAAGAUCCUACAAGGAAUAACUUAUUGGCACGGGAAACGACAUGGCAGAGCAUAGCGCAAGCUUUAUCAAAACCAGUUGAAGAAUGCAAGAAGCGCUGGCGUGGACUCCGAGAUGGCUACAUGAGAAGCAAACGUGUAGGAGCGAUGCACAAGACCAAAAUUGGCAUGUUUGAGAAACUUCAGUUCCUGGACAGUGCAGACCUGGAGACGGAGGAGAUACUGGGGGACACUCUGGAAGUGGUCGGAGAAGAGCACAUCCAGGAAGACACACUGAUCGGAACGGAGCAGCAGGUCAUUACGGACAACCAGGAAUAUUAUGAAAUCACAGUCGUCGACGGCCCGCAGGAAACCGCAACCAUGAAGCCCUUCAUAAAAAUAAUGCCAAAAAUGGACUCAAAAGAGGCUCCUCCGCCGAAGAAAAGGGCAAAGCACGGGGGCAGGAAAAAAUCGACCCCCAUGCCGAAGGUGAUACCACCAAUAAAAAUACUCCCUAAGCCAAUCCUUCUGAACGGCCCCAAGCUGGUGCGAUACGUCGAGGACCCAAAGACACCAGAACAGAAAUCCCAAGUGAUCGACCAGCUCAUCGAGAAGGUGCUCAGGGAGAACACAAACGAAAUAGACGUGUUCUUCCGCAGCAUGGCAGCUAGUGUUAAGAAACUCCAACCAAAUCUCAUUCCCAAAGUUAAGAUGGAAGUUUGCAACGUCAUCGCUAAAUAUGAAAUGCAAAGUUUUGACAAAAACAUGCAGAACUUUUAAACGUUAGGAUUUAUUAGUCAACCAGAUUGUACGUAGAAUUGCAGUAAUUUUAGACAAAUUAAUUUUUCUGUGUGUAUUAUGCACACCUGUAAUAUUAUUGUGUAACAAUAGUUCAUUGAUGUGUCAUUUACAUAGAUUUUUGUCAAAUGAAUUGAUUAACCGAUCUAUUCUGGUUGUAAGUGUCAAAUGGUGUACAUAAUAUUAUAAAUUUUAAUUAACUUGUGAUAAAAGACUAGAUUACUUAUUAGAUUAUUUAAUUACCAACUGAGUGCGACUCCUAUUCGUAAAUAACGAUUAACUAUGUACCACGACGUUUAAUUACUGAUAUUUCAUAAUUUA